AUGCCCCAUAUCGAGGAAUAUUCCCCAGAUUGGGAUACACCAGCAGCCGCCAAAGAGCGGAGACGCAGCUCACUUUCGAGACGUAACUCUUCCGUAUGGCUGGCCUCGGCGGCGAUGGAUAGCCAGGGCCCCAGCCGGGCAGUCAGCCGCUGUCCCUCGGGCUGGAACCUCACGGGCCUCACUCCGUUGACCCCGCUGACCCCCGUGAUUCCGCACAAAAAGAAGCGUUCGCUUGACUCCCUGCCCCAGGAAAUCCUCACUAUCAUUCUCCAGUACGUCGUGUCCUCGGAUACGGGGCCUGCUGAUUUGUGCCGCCUCCUAGCCACCUGUGGGAGAAUUUAUGAUCUCGGCGUUGCAAUGCUUUACAGACACGUGGUUUUCCGUACUCCUCAUGCGUUUGACAAGUUCAGAUGGUCUAUCGAAGGUACAGGCUAUGGACAGCAUGUACGAGUCUUUGAUUUCAGCGCGUUCACUUCGGUUGGACUGGGCCGCACAAAGCGGAUGAAUUCAGAAAUCCAGAUGGUGACGGCGUCAACGAUUCGACGGGCUCUUGAUUUAUGCAGCCAACUAGUUGAGUUUUUGGCGGCAGAGAGCAUUGACACCGAUUUGGAUGCUGCGGUGCUCGAUCAGCUGUUGACCAUGCCGGUCCUGCAAACUCUUGAUUUUUGUGGUGCAACGGCGCCCCAAUUCAUCGAACAGCUCCAUGGCUCGCUCGUAAUGCAGCAGGACUUUUCCUUCUACACUUUAACCAAGCUCUCUCUGCACUGCUGUAAUACGAUCCCCGCAGAGACCUUGACAGCGUUCUUAUCCAAAUGUCCGAAUCUGACUCGCUUGGACGUCACCCACACCCAACUAACUGACGAGGCCUUACACGCAGUGCCUCCAACUGUGCAGUUGACGCACCUCUCGCUCUCUCGCUGCGUUAGAGUUUCGAAUCACAGCGUGGUCAGAUUCCUUGUUUUACAUCCGGCAUGCAAAAAACUCAAAUGGCUAAACCUUAUGUUUGAAGCAACAAAGCCGAACCCGCUGGGUCACCGCGAUAUCGAUACAAUCUUGCGCUUUUUGCCCAAGGGCAUGACCUAUCUGAACAUAUAUGGCCAAAAGGUCACUGAUGAUCUCCUCCAGCUAAUUGAUACAAGCAAACUGCGAAGUUUGUGGUUGGGAUACACCCAAGUGACAAUGAAAGGCCUAGAGCACUUUCUGCCUAGCUGUCGCUCACUCAAGUUUGUGAACUUGAGUGGUAUCCCGUCUAUUUCUACAUGGACUCUUAAAAGUCAGGAGUUCCAGAACCUCAGUUCUACAGUCGACAUGUUCGAAUUCAGCCCCGAGACGCUGGACAAGCUGGCGAAAAUGAGAGGCUUUUUUGUGUUCCAAGGCCGCGGCCGCCGGUGCUGGCUAUUCCGGUCGAAAGACAAGGUGUUGGAACGAGAGCAGUCUCAGCAUAAUCUCCGGCAGACUUCAUUCUCAUUCGGCCAAGUUGCGCUGGAUCGCAUCAAUGCCCGAAACCAAGCCCGUCGUCCCAUGGUUCAGGUCCAGCAAACCGAAAAACCUCCGCCUUCCUGGGAUCCCAUCUGGAGGUACGCCUCUGUGAAAGUCAACGUGUCUUUGAUCGGGCUUGGAAACGUCUCAUCUCCUGCAAUCUACGGAAACGAAGGAUUUUACAAUUACUAUGCGUACCAUAAUAUUUAA